AAUUCGUCAUCUAUGGAUCCCUUUUCAAACGUCACAGUAACUAUCGACCAACCUCAACACAGCUGAGGCAACUGCUUAUCCUAAACCAACCCGACGAGUAGCGAGACUCGAGGGACAAAACACCUAUUCAACUCCGGCUUGGACCUCGACGACUAAAUUGCAAAACAAGCUGAAACACACAAACACACGAUGCCGACCGAGCCUGGCAUCGACCUCUGGAUCCGCUUUGCGACUACGGCUACUUACUCAUAAAGGCGAUCGAGAAACAUCUGGCGACCGCAAGAGAGGAGGAAAAUAACGAGAGGAAGUUUGCGACAAGCUCCAGGUUACAUAUCGGAGUUUAGCAUCCCAACAUCACCAUCUAUACAUACCGACCGCAGUUCCAAUGUCCUGCGGCGUCGACUCCUGCGGAGCGCCCAUUCCGGCCUCGCCCAUCAGCACCCUAUUCUCCCUUUCGCCAUUCAUCGCUACCUUUGCCAUUGUCAGCUCGGUAGUAGCCGGCAAGGUAUUCCCGAAGCUCUCCCGCGUACAAGACGACCGUGAUGAUGGCGAAGGCCACUACCUGCCCCCGUCAGCACCUCCAAGUCUCCAACAAGCGCACGCCGAGCGCGGGGCCCGAUCGAUGCGCCGCCGAGUAGCCGCCAUGACCUUCUCCGCUACCAUAGGCCUGGCCGCCGUGCUCGGAGAGCUCAUCCUGGCCGAGAUCUCGGACCUCGUCAGUGCUCACGCCCGCGCUGUUGCCCUGCGGUUCACGGUGCCGACACUCCUCUUCAUGCUCGUGGUCCUCAUACCGUUCCUUGAGCUACAGUCUGUCGUUUCUAGCCUGGCAACCUUCCAGCGCACAGCAAAGGGGCGUGUACCACGUAUCGCCUGGACCCUACAACUCCUCGGCUUCAGCGCCUGGCUCUUCCUCUUCUGGUCUCUAGGCAAGGCGGUGCCCCGUCCCGACGGGACCGAGUACCUGUGGGGGAUAGCCAGCAGCGACGGGGCCGGGUUCGACAGCACCGCGCUGACCAUCGGACGGGCCGAGGCCAAAGCCGAGUCGGUAGGCGACGUUCUCGUAGGCGGUAGGCUCGCCCGCGCGUGCCUGGAGCGCAUCGGCGUGAUCGGCAUCCUGCUCAUGGCUUUGCUCUCCGGCUUCGCCAGCGUCUCGAGCCCAUGGCACACCUUCGCCGACAACCGGGCCUUCCGCAAGCGGCCCAUCACCGACACAGACAUUACGCGAAAACAAGCUGGGCUCGAUGCCACGAGCGAGAUGCUAGCCACCAAGCGACAUCGUCUGCGCUCUCUCCAGGACAAACUAGCCCGGCGGGCCGAAGCUUCCAGCCACAACACUAUGGGCAACGGCAACAGCAACAGCACUCUAGUCGGCAAAAUGAUCGGCUCCCUCAAGGGCAUAGCCACCGGCUCCUCAGCAGAAGCAGCCGAGAUCAAGUCCCUUCAAAUGGAAAUCUCCGGGCUCGAAACAAUGGAAUCCAACCUCUCCUCCUCGCUCUCCAUUUUACGGUCUCGCCAAGCCGCCCACGCCCGCGACGGCACCCCUCUCGGCCGUCUUUUAUCGCUACCCUCCUACAUCUUCAGCCUCUACUGCAUCUACCGCGUGCUAGCCACCACUCUCACCACUCUCCGCCGAAACCACUACUCCUUCCUCUCCCUCCUCUUCUUUUCCUCCUCCACCACUCCCUCAGGCUCUUUUACAGGCUCUACGGGAGGAGGAAGCACAUUCUCCUCCACCGACCCCAUAAACCGCUUCCUCUCCCUCCUCGCCAAGCACUGGGACCCCAAACUCGACCAGGUCGCCUGGGCGCGCCAAAUCUCCUUUUUGCUCUCCGGAGUCAUCCUGUUAGGAUCCGCCAACUCGGUCAUCGUCACCUUCCGCAUCUUCGCCAAGUGGAUGCCAGGUCUACUGUACCAAGCGCAGGCCAACCUGGCCCUGUUGACGGCCCAGAUCGCGGCCACGUACGUGAUCAGCUCGGCGCUGUUGUUGCGGAGUAAUUUGCCGCGGGAGGUGGGGAGGAGUGUGGGGGAUGCGCUGGAGAGCGCGUUGGAGCCGGGGUUUGUUGAUCGCUGGUUUGAAAGUUGGUUUCUUUUUGCCAGCGCAUUGACGGCGUUGGGGAUUUGGGUGGGGAGCAAGAUGGGUGCUGGGACGUAUAAUUCUCCAGGGGGAGGAGGGGGUUGGUCGGGGUUAGAUGAGUGGGAGGAGUUUGGAGGGGAGGAGAUGGGUGUUGGGGCUAAGAGGUCGUGAUUAUCAUGUGCAGUGAUGAAGUGUAAUGGGUAUAUUUUCUAUUGUUGUAUGGGAGAUAAUGGUGUAAAAGGUACUCCGGGUCAUUGGGGGGCGUUGGAGGAGUAUUUUGACUGUAUUCGUUUAUUUGGUGUUGAAAGGAUGGUUUAUAUACACUUCUGGUUGAGCGUACAGUCCAAUACUGGUUUGUUUGUUAGCUCGAGACCUCUGGUCAACUUUCCUAGGCGUUUAUAUAUCUAUUUGAUCCGUUUCGUUCCAUAACCAAAGUGUAAUUUUACCUUGCAUA